AUGAAAAAGAAACAACGUAUCUCAUCAGAAAGGAAUGAUAACCUUAACUACUAUUCACCACUUAAUGCUUUAACAGACGCCCAGGGGUUUGCUGAGAAGCUGUUCUCACGACUUCAAACUUGUAGUGAACGUUUUGAGAUAAAAAUGAUGAUGGUGAAAGUGGUUGCGCGUACUGUUGGACUUCAUAGAUUGAUUUUAUUGAACUUUUAUCCUUUUCUUCAGAAAUAUGUUCAGCCUCACCAAAGGGAUGUGACAAACUUGCUAGCAGCAGCUGUCCAAGCCUGUCAUGAUAUGGUGCCACCUGAUGCAGUUGAACCAUUAUUCAAGCAGAUAGUUAAUCAGUUUGUACAUGAUAAGUCACGUACAGAGUCGAUUGCUGUUGGGUUGAAUGUUGUUCGUGAAAUAUGUUUGCGUAUUCCUCUGUUAAUGACAGAGGAUUUGCUGCAAGACCUUGUGCUGUAUAAGAAAUCACACGAGAAGGCAGUUUCAUCAGCAGCUCGUUCACUUAUUUCAUUGUUCAGAGAGAUUUGUCCUUCACUUCUGAUAAAGAAGGAUCGUGGACGACCUACUGAUCCAAAAGCAAAACCAAAAGCAUUCGGUGAGGUUACUGUUCCCAGUGAUGUCCCUGGGGCUGAGUUACUUCUGGACGAGGAUGAUGAUGUCAGCAAUGCUUCUGAUGAGGAUGGUGAAUCUAUCGAUGCUGACAUCAGCACUCAAGGAGGUUCGGAAUCUGAAGAAGAAGAAGAAGUUGAUGAUGAUGAAGAAAUGGGAAGUGAAGAGGAUGAAGUAUCUGAUGAUGAUGAGGAGGAGGUGGAUGGGAUGUCUAUUGAUUCAAGGGGAUCUGAGAAAAGGAAAGGGCAAAAGAGGAAAUUUGAAGACUUUGAUGGAGAACUUGAUGGAGCCAAUCAAAGUCUUAGGGCUCUUAAGAGAUUAGCAGGAGCUAGAUUGGAGAGUGAGGCAACAACAGAAGAGCCAACAACAGAUGGUAUUCUCUCAAAUGAAGAUUUUCAGAGAAUCAAAGAGCUAAAAGCAAAGAAGGAUGCAAAGGUUGCAUUGACAAAUCAUGGAAUUUUGAAAAAGUCUUCAGAUCCAAAAUCAACAGUCUUUAAGGUCCCAACUUCUGAUCAACUCAGUUUGAAAAGAGUGGAUGGAUAUUCACUUGAAGCUAACAUAAGAAAAAAGAUGACAAAGGAGGAAAGGAAGGCUUUGAUCAAAGCAGGAAGAGAAGAUGGAGAAAAGUACCAAUCAAGAGCUGCUACCAAGCAGAAAAAGACUGGUGGAUUAAGCAAUCAGCAAAAGGAACACAAGAAGGCAAUGCCUUUAGCUGCCAAAAGAUCAAAGAUCGAAAGAUCACGCCGUCAGAAAAAGCUCAAGGCCAAGACAGCUGGCAAACAGUUCCGUGGUCGCAAAGCAUGGAAAUGAUUCAUAUUUGGAAAGCCACAUUCACAAUUUUGCCCUUCCUUUUAUCUAUGCACUUUCAAAGCAAAUUCAGUUAUUUUACUUUUUAUUUUACAGAUUUUAGUGCCAAAAUGGAGACAUAUAAUGUGAUAUAGUAUAAUUUAUUUUUUCAUUUUGUGUAAUACAGAGUGAGUUG